AAACAAGGAAACCCCGCUUAAAACAUCCCGUGUUUUAAUCUUCGAAAAACGGUUAGGUAUUUCAAGAGAGGAGGACCAUUUCCCCCUAACUUCAUAGAUAGUACGGAAUAUAAGGGAAAUACAUGUAAUGAAGCAUAACGCUAUUAGUAGUAAAUAUUUAUAUUAAACCAACCAUUAAAGUACGAAACCGAAAGACCCUAUCUUCCGCCUCUCAUCCCCCUUCUGGAAAAUAAGAAUAAACAUAAAAGUGAGCAAACGAAGCGGUAGAUAUACCCAUAAGAUCAAAAUGCCUUUAUUCGCCGACCCAGCUACCUUCCCAUCAUUCAAUGAAUUGCCAUCUUCAUUAACUCCCCCCGCGCCAACAGCAGACUGGUUCCUGUUGGCACAGAUCAAGGAGGACAUGACGAUCACCAAACCCACUGUGAUCGUCCGGGACCGGAGCGGAGCAGAGUUCGCCGUCACCUUUGAAGACGGCGACCAUCGUGGUCUCGGGCAGGGCGGCGUACGCUUCCGAAAGGGCCACACACUAGUUGUGCCGCGCGCGACGCGCACGGACCGCGGGGAGGGAAAAAAGGCUAUCGUCCGCGUGCCACCGGGGGAAGGAGCUGGUGUUCGAAUCCUACCCGCUGGCUUGGAUCAAGUUUUUGAAAUAGGGGCAGUUUUAGAUGGAAUUGAGGGGGCCGCACGGGGGAAGAAGUGCGCGGCAUGCGGCAAGGAAGAGGAAGCAGAGUAUUCGCUAAUGCGAUGUACGGGAUGUGGCGUUGUUGCAUACUGCAGCAAGGCUUGUCAGGUCCAGGGCUGGAGCGAAUUAGGGCACAAGGCGAAUUGUAAGGUGAUUCGGUCUAUUAAGGAGAUAUGGUCGUGAUAUGACGUGCGGUAUCAUCCGUGUUGGCACUCCCGCCAGGUGGAACUGCGAGACAAAGCCAGCAUUUUACCAUAG